CCACACAUGCUCCGGUGAUGCGCUCCCAUAAAAGCGCAUGCAAGGACGCAAUCAAAGCGCUCCAUGUCCUCUGCUGUGCACUCACGCUAUAUAUCUAUCUGCUCGAUCUGUCGAUGCUUCGUGCACUGAUUCGGCAUGGUGUGCAUGUACAAAUGCUCUGGCAAGACUGGGAUCUACACCCAGGUAAACGUCUGGUUGUCUUGAUUCUAGGCAGCAAUGGUUUGUUGCUGCUCUGGCACCUGAUGUCGACGCUGCCUCUACCAGGUGCGUAUCAGAAUGGCUACUUGCACGGCGGCCUCUUUAUUGACUUUGUCGGUCAGGGUAAGAAGUCAACUUCAUGUCGCAUGUCACUUGACUGACAGAGCAGUUCCUGGCAGCAAAGGCAGACUCAUGCUGCUAGAUCUCGUUUACUUCCUAACGCAAGUCACCCUUAUUGACCUCAAGACACUGGAAGGACAAACACAAACACUCGAGGGCGAGGAGGAAGGAUUACUGGA